CUUCAAAGCCUCUGCCAUUUCUCUCACACACACACACUCUGCCCCCCCUCUCUCUCUCUCUACAACUUUCUCUCUCUACCUAUACAUACACACAGAGAGAGCUUUACAUACAAACUUGACAUAGCAAAAAUGGCUUUACAAGUUCAAGUAAAUCAGGUACCACUGAAGCCAUCAAUGGCGCCAUCGUGGAGGUUCAACAAGCAAUCAGUGGUCUGCGUUGCAAGAGAUUAUGGUUUUUUCUCGGGUAGUGUUUUGAGGAACAGAGGAUUGAGCUCAUUGAAGGUGAAGUGUAGUAGCAGCUCGGAUGCUACUGUUACUACGACUGCGACGGUGGGACAGGUGACGGAAGUUUGUAAGGAUACCUUUUGGCCGAUUGUUGAAGCUGCCGGUGAUAAACCUGUUGUAGUUGACAUGUACACACAGUGGUGUGGUCCUUGUAAAGUGAUCGCUCCAAAGUAUCAAGAGCUGUCGAAGAAAUAUGACGAUGUGGUCUUUCUGAAGCUGGACUGUAACCAAGAUAACAGGCCGCUAGCCAAGGAACUAGGCAUAAAGGUGGUUCCGACAUUCAAGAUUCUGAAGAACAAUAAGAUCGUUAAAGAAGUCACUGGAGCAAAACUUGAUGAUUUAAUAGCGGCGAUUGAGGGUGCUCGGUCAAGUUAAUAUUCUUUUUCUAUUAUUUCUUCUGUUCGUUUGUUUAUAAUGAAGCAGAUAAUAUGUCUAUGAUGUCGUAAUUAGUUCUAACUAAAUUCAGUGUAUAGCUGUGGAUGAUGAACUUUCAUUAGAGAAGUUGGAAGUAUUGUACUUGUAUGCUGCAAUAGAUAUUGUCUUUAAAUCUCUCAA